CACGGCAACACGCGCUCUUUGCUCUCAGCGUGCAAGGGUCUCACUGACCCUCUGUGACUGAAAAAACCCCAAAGGAAUUCGACUACAGCAUUCGACGUUCCGUUAUUUUCGUUUCUCCAGUUUUAAGUUGCAUCACGUUUACGGUUGCCAUUGAUAUCCUAACAGGUGUCUUAGUUUAUGUGCUGCAGGAAUAACAGUGAAAUUAUCGGACAUUUAUUAUUUGAGGGGAUCUGCCGGUCCUGACGCACAAACGGACACACGCGGUUUUAUGAGCAGGUGUGAAGUCGGAGUGUCGUUUAUUCUGAGUUGGAUUUCGCACUUGCUCGUGCAGGUCUACGCUAAUAUUACGGUGACCAAUGGAAACAUGUUAAACUAUUAUUGUAGGAAUGGAUUUCCAAAGAUGUUCCAUAAAUACAGGUUUCAUGUUAAACUGUGGACUCUAUCUUUGUAAGACCUCUGUAUAAACACAGCCAAAAUGGAGACAUGGACGUUUAUCCCCAUUUCCAAUCUGUCCCUCCCUGAGUCCCUUUUCAAUGAUAGUUUCUUCCCGGGGAACGAGUCUGACUUUGGCCUGGAGAUUUACCCCCACAAUGGCACUCACCCUGGCUUUGACCAAACCAGUUCUGUAGUCAUCACAUUUGUGUACUUUGUGGUAUGUGCGGUGGGGCUCUGUGGUAAUGCCCUGGUCAUCUAUGUUAUCCUGCGCUAUGCCAAGAUGAAGACUGUUACCAACAUCUAUAUUUUGAACUUGGCUGUAGCAGAUGUACUGUGCAUGCUGAGCUUGCCAUUCAUUGCCAUUCAGCUAGCGCUGCUCCACUGGCCCUUUGGAGCCGCUAUUUGCCGCGUUGUCCUAACUGUGGACUCAAUGAACCAGUUCACCAGCAUCUUCUUUCUAACAGUCAUGAGCAUUGAUCGCUACCUGGCCGUGGUGCAUCCAAUAAAAUCCACUAAAUGGCGAAAACCGUGUGUGGCCAAGGCGAUAAGUUUGGCCAUGUGGGGUGUGUCUCUGCUGGUCAACCUACCAAUCAUGAUCUUCAGUGGUGUGAACACCAAAAGGAAUGAGGCACGGACAUGUACCAUGUUGUGGCCAGAGCCCCAGAACACAUACUACACUGCUUUCAUCUUCUACACCUUUUUCUUGGGCUUUUUCCUGCCACUGAUAGUUAUCUCCUUGUGCUACUUGCUCAUCGUCAUUAAGGUGAAGUCCUCAGGCAUGCGGGUGUGUUCAACCAAAAGGAAGCGCUCAGAGCGGAAAGUCACACGCAUGGUGUCUAUUGUGGUGGUGGUUUUUGUGCUCUGCUGGUUACCUUUCUAUGUAUUCAAUGUGACCUCUGUGACUGGAACUGUGCCAUCCACAUCUGUGCUGAAGAGCACUUUUGACUUUGUGGUGGUGCUGGGUUACGCAAACAGCUGUGCCAACCCCAUCCUCUAUGCCUUCCUGUCAGACAACUUUAAGAAGAGUUUCCAAAAUGUCCUGUGUCUAAAAAGAGUCGGAGGCUUGGAUGAGAUUGAGCGCAGUGACAGUCGACAGGACAGGACUCGAAUGGUCAACGACGUUAUGACGGAAACACAUAACGCCGCACUCCUCAACGGAGACUUGCAGACCAGUAUCUGAGGAUGGUUUGUUGCCUUGAGAGACCUUGGCCUGAAAAUCACUUUUGUCACUGCUGAGAUGAGAUGUCCUGCAGCAAUGCUAAAAGUGAAAUUUGGCCUUUGUCCAGUGAUAUUUUUAGACUCUGCAAUGAAAAGCUCUCAAAUUCUAAAUUGUAAAAACUAUGGAGUGAUUUAGCAUUUAAGAUCACAAUGAAACUUUACGUAUCUAAUAUAUUUACAUAUCUAACAUAUGUAUACCAUUAGUUUGGACAGCAACCUCUUUUCAAAGCAUAUUUUUAGGACGUAAUGGGUGUCCUAACAUGGUCUGUCAUUUGGUAUCACUUACCAGGUAACACAACAAGAUCCUUUUUGACAGCUCAGCCUGACUGAGCUCCUGAAUUGUAGUGAUGAGAAAAUGCUAAGAAUGUGAUUUACUGUAAAUAUCUGUAGUCGUUUUACUUGGUCACUGUCUGAAAAAAUGCUAAAGCUGUUGUGUUGUUGUGUGUUUUGUUCACUUCAGUGCCAAAAAUUGUCUUUAAAGUUAAAAGAAAAGUCCAUUGCUAAUUCAAGAUCAUUGCUCUCAUUAGAUAAACACUACAAGGAACCACAAGUACAGUUAGGAAAGGCUUACUAUUGUUCAAGACUUUUUCAGUGACGAUGAAUGCAGAAUGGUAGAUGAGUAAGUAAUGCAUGACAAGAUGUAGUUAUGCAAACCUCAUCACCAGAAUAUAAAAAGGUACCCAACAUCUGGAAGAAAAAAAACAGGUUUAAAGUUGUAUGGCCUAGUUAUUUGUUGUAAUUUUGUGAAUUAUGUUUAUGCUUAUAAUAUCUUACUAAAUCUGAUGGUUGCCAUCUGUUAUUUUUGUUUACAUUUAUUUUCCCUCAUACAUUUUUGCCUCUGGUUCCCAGUGGAGUUUUAUUUUGGGAGAGGAAAUUUACAUUCUGUUCAAUGCAGAGAGAGGGGGUGGGGUAGGGAAGAAAGACAUUGUAAUUAUUCAAUGACCUAGACCAGAGAAAGUUCCCUUUAAAGUUUUUAGAUGUAUUAAGACACCUUAUGGACAUUGGCUAUGCUAAAUAGCCAAUAGGGGGGGGGGGUGUUUGCCCUCUUUUCUUUUUUUUUUUUUUUGCUGUUAAACAAACAACCUUGCUCACCCACCUGAGUAAUACAGUAGAAAUGACGGUCAAGGGGGCAAUGAUACAGACAAUGAUGAAAGAGAACUCACGAGGGCAUACAGUUCAUUUAGCUUCAACUAAAUUAUUCAGAGAAAAGUAUUAAAUCAAAUACAUUAUCAGAAUUUGAACUGCAGUUCUUGUCAAAAUGUUAAAUAUACCUCAUUAUUAAACAAAAGACACACAGCUUUUAUCCAUCUUUGUGAUUUAUGAUCUCUGUCAUAAUGGAACCAUCUAUGUUACACAGAACUAGGACUUUUCUGUGGUGGCAAAGGAUGAAGAAUGGUAUCGUAACAGCUGCUUUGCAUUUUCAUUACUUGGAGGAAAUGCAAAAUAAUUAAGAUUCAUAAAAUUAUGUUCUAAGUGCCUUACUGUAAAUAAUUGUUUGAAAAGACAAAGAAAGAGAUAUGUAGAAACUGUUUGGUUUGUGUGUGUGCAUUCAUUCAUAGAGCUUUAACAACAAACCCUCCAACCUGAAUGUACAAUCAACUCAUCUACUAUUAUUUGCUUGUAAAUAAAAACUAAUUUAAAACCCCUGUAACAAGAUUUGUCGCUCACAGAGCUACAUAAUAUGUAAAUAUUGGAGGUGCCAUGAUGCAGAAUGAAAAUUGCAUGUUUACAAGCACACCAAUAUGCUGAUAACUAGGUUAUUCAAUAAAUCCGACAAAGCAUGGAAACAGCAUUUACAUGAGACUUGUCAUGAGCGUAUUUACAUGCACGAUUUUAUACUAAUUAUGCUUAAUAAGCUGACAAAUGCCUUAAAUGGCUUUCCUUUAUCUGGGUAAGGUCAUAAGCAGUUAGAGUUUUGCCCAUUACCCUGAUUUCGCGUUGCAUGUAAACACCUUUGCCGGUUUUCCUACCUGCUAAUCCAAAGUGUGCAAGUGUUGUGCUCAUGCCUAUUUACGGCUUGACAUCAAAAGCAGAGAAUAACCCAAUUAUUUCAAAUCUCAUGUAAAUGUUGUCGGUUUUCUUGAAAAGCUGAUUUUUGAGGGGGUUUUGAUUGCUGUGCAUGUAAAUGCACUUAAUGAAACAUAGGCUAUUUAAUCAUUUUUCGCUUAAAACUUUUAAGGGGUUUAGAGCAUUUCAAGAUUUGUGAAGGGCUAAAACAAUUAUUCAAACCGAACUUGUUUAUUGUUUGUAUAUGUCCAACUUGUAAUGGCCUGCAAGGUGCCAAAAUUAGUGGGCCACAUAAUAGCACCUGGUGAUAGUCUAAAAGUCAAUGGUCUGUUAUACUGCAAGUGAUGCUAUAGGUGAAUGAGUUCAUGCCUAGAAGUGUUGUGUAAACAGAUUUUUCUAGGAUCAAGACAAACAUAUUUUGAAACCUGGAGAAGAAUUAUUUAUUUCAAAGUAGUUAUCUCAGUGUUCAAUUUGAUCAUCUUUUAAACAAGUAGAUUUUCUUUGACUGAGUUCAAUUCAAUGUGCCUUCAACUGUUCAGCAGCAUAUCAGUAUCUCAUGUCAAGUUCCUAGUCUGAUAUAUGGUACAAUAUAGCAUUACAAUUUUACUUCUGUAUGCAUCAGAGAUUUAAAUGAUUUCUGUCAUUCCUCAACAUACCCCAAGCUUACCUUGAAGAAUGAAUAAUCUCUCACCUUAUACAAUAGUUGCAAAUAAUGAAGGCUAUGUAUUGUGUAUUGGGGUCUCCGGGGUCAUUUUCAGCAUGUAGCAUAACUCAUUGCAACUUUAAUGGCAGGCUGCUCUGACAUGCCAUUGAGUGCCUGUCAUUACCCUGGUUGCUAAGCUGCCACAGCUCAGUUUUUGCCGUGUGUAUCGAGUUAUUUAUUUUAAAGAUCCAAUUUAUUAUGAAGCACCCAAGCAGAAUAAUCCACAAGUCUAAUUAAAUGAUUCUUCAAACUCUAUUGUUGAGAGGUCAUUUGCGGACAAACUGAUUGUUUUAAUUAAACUUCACAAAGCCACAGGCCUGUUUUUAAAUGCUUCUUUCAUUGAAUAGGGAAUAUAAUGCAUGUUCAACAUUCUAAAACUUCAACCAAAAUACAAAAUAAGCAGCAUGCUUGAUGAAAAUUAUCUACUUGUUAUAUUGUGAUUUUUUUUAGUUGUUUUGUAAGUGAAAAAGCCAUAUUAAUUGCAUGUUAAAAUUUAGGUUUGGAAGUAGGCUGGUAAUGAUUAUUUUCUCAAUGUGUUCGAGAAAGAUGGAAUCCCUGCAGUAUGGCAACAUGUUGUUGAGAAAUCAUCAUCUGACAGUCUGUUGCACUCAGAUUCAAAGUCAAAUUUCCCCUUCAAAUUAAGUGACUAACUGCUGUAAACGUAAUACAUAAGAAACCUCUGACUAUGCUUGACAUCAGAAGAUGCAGGACAAAAAAACAAGCUUUUUCCCUUUCCUCUUCUUCUUAUCUUUCUUUUUUUCUUCUUUCCCUUUAAAAAAAAAAAAAAAAAAAAAAAAAAAAGGAAAAAUCCCUCCCAAUUGUAAAUUUAUGUUAUUUUGUGGUGCUAAAUGUCUCCCUCUGUUGUCUAUCUUGGGUAAUAAAAAAAGAAAAAAAAAAGAAAGUUUGACCUUUGUUAUGAUCUUGGAUGGACAGCUAUUUAUCUUUUGCCUUGUAUAUGGAUUACGCAUCAUGUUUAUGAUCUGUAAUUAUUGACAGUUGUGGAGGAACAUGUGAUCAAGUAUCAGCCAACCUUUUAAGUGUUGUUAUUGACAAAAAUGAAAUGCAUUGCAUUAAUUUACCAAACAAAUAAAGGCUAAUGUGUGAAUAAA